AUGGCGGCUGCUCCGCCAGAGAGUUCCGUCCUUUCCCUCCUUAGCGGUAUCAAUCCUCGUCUGGCGGUAAAGGAGCUCGAGGUUGUCCCUUCAGCUCGAUUUCAGCGUCUUUAUAAUGUCAAGGUUGCUGAAGGACCAAGUCUUUUGCUUGCUUUACCUCCACCUGCAGUUAUACGCCUGCUGCGUUCCGAAAGGUCAACGCUUGGCUCAGAAGCUGCUGUGUUGAAGUGGCUUUCUUCUGUUUCUAGGGAAAAGAAACCCUGUUCCGGUUCUGGAGCGAAAGAAUCCAUGAGCAAGCCAGCUGGAGUCGCACUGGGGAGUGAGGCUACUGAAGAUUUAUUAACUGGAUAUCUACCUUUGCUCGUCAGGCAUGAGUCCAUUAGCGGUACAUUACCGGUUGAGUACACUCUUGUUCGACCAACGCGAGGUACACCUAUAUCCUCUCUACCCAAGCCUCCAAGUUUCAGUGAACGAAGAGCCUUGGACUUCCAGACCGGACAACUCCUCCGUCGGAUAGCCAGCCAGGUUUCUCCAACAAGAAAGUUUGGCAUUGCUGCCGAUGUACUUUCGGUCCCUCCUUCAGCCGUUCAUCAACCACCACGGCGCUUUGAAGGAAACCUGAGCGAUUCAAAAGGUGCUGAAUCAUGGAGAGUAGCUUUUCAUAGCUUGAUGGAAUCUGUCCUCCGAGAUGGUGAGGACUUGACUAUUAUGCUCAACUACAAAAAUGUCCGGCAUCAGUUUGCCCGCUUUGCGCAUCUACUUGACGCAGUGAAAGAGGCUCGACUAGUUGUUGUGGAUGCUGGAGAAGACUCAAACACCCUGGUUCACCGUUCCUGUGAAGUUGGCAAGAAGUCUAGCACGCCGGCCGAGGAGUUUAAGGCAGUACCACUGUCGAAAUUGGCGCGAGUACCUCGAAAGAGACAGGAUCUUAUGGGAAAGAGGCGACCAGACUACAGGAUAGUCAUCCAGGACGAUAUCAACGAGAAGGGAGAUCAAACGAUAACAGACGGACUACCUGGGAAACAAAUUGAGUUAACAGGUCUACGGCAAUGGAGCAACUGCAUCUUCGGCGAUCCCCUCAUAGCAUCCAUCUUCAGCAAAACACCACUACCCUCGGAAGACUUCUGGCGGGGCUUCGACAAACCUCUCCCAGGCCAAGACACCACAUCACCCAAUAUUAUCGAUGACAGGGAAAACGCACACAUCCGCAUCCUACUAUACGAGUGUUACCACGCGCUGGUCGCUCUGGUGGGAGAAUACUACAGGCCGCAGAACGACAGCAGCAAGAAGGAACUUGCGGCACGAAAGCACCUCAGCAGUGUUCUGGCUCAGCUGGAGGAGCUUGACGAUAUGGGCCGUCAGCGGCGUAGACGACCCAGUGGUGAGAUGUCGCCCGCGAAGAGGCCGCGUUCUGGUCAGGAGAGCGAGGACGAUAGUGAAUCUUGA